UGUGUUGGUGCGUCGUAUGAGUCGUCGGUUGUCGUGGUUUCCCUUGUUUAGCACACGUUUUUUCUAACAAUGGGAAGGAAGUGUUUCGUGCCGCGUUGUAACACCGGUUACAAGUCAUGCCAGCAAAAGUUUUCUCUCUUUUCGGCGCCGAAGGACGACGCCCGCCUGAAACUUUGGAGGCACGCCAUUCCCCGCAAGGAUCGAAGCCUUCAAGCGUCGGAUCAUGUGUGCGAGAGACAUUUUGAGCCUCGUUUUGUCUCAAAAACCUGGACUGCGGAGUACAAUGGCAACGUCCUUAUGAGUGUGCCUCGUCGAGCAUCUUUGGCCGGCGACGCAGUACCGUCGAUAUUUCCCGACUGUCCAGCACACCUCUCCAAGGUAACCAAACGUCGGAAGAGACCAGCGGUCAGGCAGCCUGCCGAUGUUCCUAAACAAAAGCGCGUUCAUCGCACUGAUACGGCCGAAAGUGCUGAAGAGGCAGAUGACCUGAAAGACAGCGACCGUGAUCGAGGAGGAUGUUCGUCGAAUGCAAACUCCGAUCCGGCUGCCUUCAACGUUGACGCUCCGGAAGCUCCGGAAAUCAUCCCUUCAGCCGAACUGUCUCGGCAGCAAGUCUUCAGCGACUUGUUCGAGCUGUCGGCGCCCGCGGUUCUUCCGACCAUAUCAUGGGGAUAUCACAGGCGAGACAUGGACGGCGUCCAAAACAUUGCUUUUACGGAGAUGCAGUGGAGCACAAGCCCAAAGUUGCGUGGAACGACCACAAGCGCCAUCGGUGCUGCCGAAAAAAGUCACUUGGUCACAACAAAGCUUGUUGACAUUGACCAGAAAAUGCAGGUCUCUGUGGUUGUGAUGGGAAGGCGCGUAUCCACAGACGAGCUUCACAUCAAGGAUGACGUCGCUACAAUCGAAGAUGUUAAGUCAUUUCUGCAAAGAUUGCAUGAGAUGCCUAUCUGUGGCGGAGGACCAAAGGCAAGUGUGUAUCCACAGGCGCAUCCUGAGAGUGCAUCUGUCGAUGCGUGCAAUCUGUGGCGACACAAAAAAUGCCCCCUCCUUGUUCGUGAAAACAAGAGCACAUGUAGUGGUGCUCAAGUCUGUCUGACACACUUCGGAUUCACCAGAAGAGGGCGACCGACAAGAAAAAUGGAACCAGACCGACUAAGCGUUUUCGCUUCACAUCUGUACGAAAUAGUGACAGCAUGCUUGCUUUCCGUAGAGCUAGGUAUGCGCUGA